AUGGGGUGCAGUGGAAGUCGCGAUGGAGUGCUGGAGAUGUCUGCUGCCUUCGGUGCCGGCUCACCCGUGGCCUCUCCUCCAGCGAAGGUCCUCAGGGCUGCGAGACCUCCGAACCGUGAUAGCCAUGACCAGCACGUGGAGGAACUCAAUGCCUACCUGGCAAGUGUCGCCAAGCACCCAGAUGCGUUCCAGGAGCAUGUGCAGAGGCGCCGUGGCAAGUUCUGA